UAAGUAUUUCUUUGUCAUAAUUGAAUCACGUCAUAGUUGUUAUACGUCACACUAAUUUCAUUGGAUAUCUAUGACGUCAUAAUACUUGGCCUUUCGUUGUUAGACAGAAUGGGUCUAAUUCACAGUUGCUUGGAAAAAAGAAGCAAUAAAGUAGGUAUCCUUUCAGAGGAAAUGUCUGCCCAUAAGAAAAUCGAGAAGGAGAUCGAAAAUGAAGUAUUGGAAGGGAAAUUUCACAACAAAACUGUUUCCUGGAAAAUGUUUUGCGUUGCUUCCCUUGGAGGUAAAGAAGCUGACACUGGCACCGAAAACAAGAUGUCCGAUGUCGUGAAAACUAAGGAUGGCAUGGCGUUCAACAUCGAAUUCAAAUCAAGGGUUCCAAAACUGCCACCUAUCAAAAUUAGGUCAACGUCUAAUGUUGUCCAAAAUGAAGAGCAUGGAAACUGGAAAGAUGAAAAAGAGAAACUCCUGAAGAAGAAGCAAGACAGGGCAAAUGCUAGACGCAAAGAAAUUUUGAACAAGAGGAUAAUGGCCGCCCAAAGACCAAAGACAGCAAGAACUAGAGAUGGAUCAACAGUUUCCAGCUUCCAAGAGCAUUAAAGAAAAUAUGUCUGGAACAAAUUUUUCAGCUGUUUGAAGUUAAUUAGAUCUAUAUAGGAAUCAAAAAGAUACCAAAACUGUUAAUCGUGAUUUGUAUUUUAUUCAAUGUGUGUUCUUUAUAUACCUCACCUUUGAACUUCCUUCAAGAAUUCAUCCCAUAUGAGUAUCCAUAUAUAUGGAACUUGCAUUGCUGAUGAAAUUCAUCGAAUUGGAUUUAAAAACUGAUCUUCAAUGAGUUAUGAAGAACGCAUGCUGGAAAGUCCGUCAAACAGUUAGUUUACGAUGUCUCUUUGUGCAUGUAUGUAUAAGGCUCCCAAUGAACGGGAUUCCUUGUUAAAUUACAUGUAUUUUAGAUUUUCAGUACUACAUCCACUUAAAUCAUAUUCUUUCUUCUUUUUU